CGUAGAGGCAAGACAAUGUAUCAAUAAAUGUGUUAAGAUCGUGUAAAAUACUGUUUGAAACGAAACAAAAUGUAUCUGUUUGUUCUAAUAUUAAUUUCGAUAUCAUUCAGCCAUGCUGAUCCUGUUAUGGAUAUGAUUCAAGCUGAGAAUUAUCCAGCAGAAAAACAUACAGUACAAACAAAAGACGGUUAUAUUCUAAGUGUGUAUCGAAUCCCCAACGUGAAUGCAAGACGAGACAAUCAAAAAGUUAUUUUACUAAUGCACGGAUUAACUAGUGCGGCGCCAGUAUUUUUAGCACUGGGACGCAACAUCUCAUCUGCUUAUAAGUUUGCUGACGCAGGAUUCGAUGUUUGGAUUGGAAAUGCAAGAGGCAACACAUUUUCCAGACGUCAUAUAACUAAGCAUCCAAAUGAUCCAACAUUUUGGAAUUUUAGCUGGCACGAGAUUGGUGUUUUUGAUAUACCCGCAAUGAUUGAUUAUAUUUUGGAACAAACGAAUAAAACAAAACUCUCGUAUGUGGGUCAUUCCCAGGGUGUUACAGUGUUUUACGUUAUGCUUUCUGAACUGCCACAAUAUAAUGACAAAAUUGCCAUUGCUCAUUUAAUGACUACUCCCGUUCUUCUGAAAUACAAUCAUCCACUCGUUCCAAGAUCAAUGGAAAGUGUAAAUGCGGUGGCAGCAUGGUUGCGAACCAAUGGGAUCUAUGAAUUGUUUUCACAUUCAAGCCCCUAUAUCGAUAUGUUCGAAAUUGCAAGUCGAUUCUGUAUGAGUCAGACUGGAAGGGAUAUAUGCCGAAGUGUUGUAUACAUCUUGUUUGGCCCAUCAAAUCUUUACAAAGAUGAUUUGUUGGCAAAAAUCAUCAAUCAUAUACCGGCCGGUUCGAGUUAUAAACAAUUUAUUCAUUAUGUACAAAUUGCUGUGGCGCAUCGUUUUCAACAUUACGAUCACGGUAUCAAAAUGAAUUUGAAGAUCUACGGCACGCCAAAACCUCCAGAAUACAAUUUAACCAACGUUCGUGCCAAAGUUCACAUUCUUCAAGGAGCUAACGACUUACUAACUCAAACAGAGAAUGUUCCAUUAUUGGCAAAAGCCAUGGGUUGCUAUCCAGUAGCCAUUUCACAUGUUCCCGGCUUCAAUCACAUUGAUUUUAUGGAUAUGAUACAAUCUGAACAUUAUCCGGCAGAGAAGCAUACACUUCAAACAAAAGACGGCUAUAUUUUAAGUGUGUAUCGGAUCCCCAACAUGAACGCAAAACGAGACAAUAAAAAAGUUAUUCUACUGAUGCACGGAAUGACUAGCGCAGCACCAGCAUUUCUUACAUUCGGACGCAAUUCAUCGGCUGCCUAUAAGUUCGCUGAUGCAGGAUUCGAUGUUUGGAUUGGUAAUGCCAGAGGAAAUACUUAUAGCAGACGUCAUAUAACUAAGCAUCCAAAUGAUCCAACAUUUUGGGAUUUUAGCUGGCAUGAAAUUGGUGUUGUUGACAUACCGGCAACUAUUGAUUAUAUUUUAGAACACACGAACCAAACAAAAAUCACAUAUGUGGGUCAUUCGCAAGGUGUUACAGCGUUUUAUGUUAUGCUCUCUGAACUGCCACAAUACAAUGACAAAAUUGCCAUCGCUCAUUUGAUGACCCCUCCCGUUAUUCUCAAACAUAAUCAUCCACUUGUUCCAAGGUCUAUGGAGAGUGUCAAUGUGAUGACGGCGUGGCUUAAAACCAAUGGCAUGCACGAAGUCUUAUCACAUUCACGUCCAUACAUGGACAUAAUUAAAGCAGUUAGCCAAUUUUGUAUGCGACCAACUGGAAGAGAACUAUGCCGAAGUGUUGUAUUCAUCUUGUUCGGUCCAUCUCAUCUCUAUUUUGACGAAUUGUUGGCAACAAUCAUCAAUCAUAUACCGGCCGGCGCCAGUUACAAACAAUUUGUCCAUUAUUUUCAAAUUGCCGCAACACGACGUUUUCAACACUAUGAUCACGGCAUUGAAACGAAUAUGAAAAUGUACGGAACUGAACGACCGCCGCCAUAUAAAUUGUCAAAUGUUCGUACAAACGUGCAUAUCAUGCACGGUACCAAUGAUUUUCUCACUCCUUCAGAGAAUGUUCCAUUGUUAGCAAACGCUAUGGGACGCUAUCCGGUAGCUAUUUCCAAAUUUCCUGGUUACAAUCACAUCGAUUUUGCUUACGGGUCUAAUCUGGAUAUGGUUCAUCGGAAAAUAUUCAAAGUACAAAAACUUUUCAAUUGAUUGUUCAUUAAUAUAAAUACUUCAACUCUGUCUCUGUGAUAAUAUUUGUUAAAAAUUUGAUUUAAAAUAGACUAUUUGAAAGGAGCUCUCUCUCAUUUUAAUAUUCGAAUAUAAGUGUUGUAUUCAUUACAAUUGAUGUAUUUAAUGUUAGUAUUCAAAAAGGUACAAAAUUUUGAUAAGAACAUUUUGCACAACAGGGAAAGAUAAA